CCCAGUCCAUCCCACAGUCACCGUGCAGGCACGGCUUCUCCAGCUCCAGCUGCCUCCUGGCCCGAUGGGCUCAUAGGAGGCGGCAGCACCCCCAUGCCGCAGCAGGCUGCCAGCUCCCCGCGUGAGGAGAGAUGGCCAUGGGUGCAGCAGGGCUGGGGCGGCCCUGAGACAUAGGGGAUCCCGGACGGGCUGUGCCAGCCCUCACGGGCCAGGGACAGGACCCAGCUCCUUGAGCAGUGCCACAGCUGAGACCAGGCCAGCUCGCUUCCUUCCAAGGGCCUCCCGCUCGUCCAGCUUCCACUGCAGCAGAGCCGUGGCGCCUGGGGAAUCCACGGAGCAGGGACGGGAAACCUCGCCCCAUUUCCUUUCUACUCACCCACCCUGACCACAGAGAGGAGGAGAGAUGAGCAUGCCUGGAAAAGAGCGGGCGAGGAGGGCCUGGCACUAAAGGAGCCAAGCAGGCAGGGGCCUCCCCCCAGCCAGCCAGUGCCACCCCCGAGACUGGGCAUGCCUGGACCUCUCUGACACCGGACAGGGCCAGGCUGUGCUGCGUGGCCAUGGGGCUCCGGAUCUACCUCCUCCUCCUCCUCUUCCACCUCCUGGGGCUAGCAGGUGCCAUCCUGGACAUCACGCUGGUGGCCAACGUGCAGAGCCCAUCCCACAACGGCUUCUACCUCUCCUGCGUGAUGGGCGAGCGUAACGUGAACUCCCUGCAGAUUGAGCGGGACAACAAGGUCGUGAUGGCGCCUCCUGGGACACGAGUCCAGAACUACCGCAACCGCAGCAGCGAGGUCCAGGCCCGAGGCUUCUCCGUAGCUAACCUGGUCGGCAUCCUGUACUGCCUGGGCAAGACCCCCACCGAGCAAGGCCAGGUGAUCUAUGUGCACAACAGUCACUAUGCCCCCCUGCUCCCGGUAAGAGCCACGCAGUCUGUGAGCAUCGCCGAGUCGGCCACCUUCACUGCCAAGGUCAUCAGCAGGAAGAACAUGGACAUCAUGUGGAAGAGGAACGGCUCCUACUACCAGACGACGCACAAGGGCGAGAUGAAGGACGACCUGUUCUCCUUGACCCUCCGGGAUGUGGGCAUGCAGGACAAUGGGGUAUACAGCGCCACCUUCAUUGGGGACAGCCCCCUGGCCAGUGCCUUCUUCAGGCUGAUUGUGCGAGGAUGCGCGGCAAGGAAGUGGGGGCCGGCCUGCGAGAAGGACUGUCCCGACUGCCUGAAUGGCGGCGUCUGCCACGACCACGUUGGCGAGUGCCUCUGCCCCCCGGGCUUCAUGGGCACCCGCUGCGAGAAAGCCUGCCGAGAGGGCCGGUUUGGCCGUAACUGCCAGGAACAAUGCGUCAGCAACCAGGGCUGCCGGGGCCUGAGCUUCUGCCUGCCCGACCCCUAUGGCUGCUCCUGCGCGUCCGGCUGGAGCGGCCCCCAGUGCACCCUCGCCUGCCCACACGGACGCUACGGCCCUGACUGCGCCCUGGACUGCCGCUGCCAGAACGGAGGCACUUGCAACCGCUUCAGCGGCUGCGUCUGCCCCUCGGGUUGGCAUGGGCAGUACUGCGAGAAGACAGACCGGAUCCCCCAGAUCAUCAACCUGGCCUCGGAGCUGGAGUUCAACCUGGGCUCGCAGCCUGUGGUCAGCUGCAUCGUCACGGGGAACCCGCUGCCCGUGCGGGACAGCAUCGAGCUGCGCCUGGUCGAUGGGACACUGCUCAAGGCCAGCAAGGCCAUCAUGGUAACGAACCAGACCACCUUCGAGUUCGUGGUGCCACCACUUACCCUGGUGAACAUGGGAUUGUGGGAGUGCCGGGUCUCCACCACUGGUGGCCAGGACAGCCGGCGGGUCAAGGUCCAUGUCCGAGUGCCGCCGGAGCCACAGAGUGCCCCCCGGCUGCUGGCCAAGCGGAGCCGGCAGCUCGUGGUGGCCCCCAUGGACCACUUCUCUGGCGAUGGGCCCAUCGUCUCCAUCAAGGUGCUCUACAGGCCCCGGGACAUGCCCUCGGCAUGGUCAUCCAUCGUGGUCAACCACAGUGAAAGCAUCACACUUGUGAACCUGCAGCCCGUCACCGCCUACCUUGUCAGGGUGCAGCUGAGCCGCCCGGGGCAGAACGGCGAGGGGCCCGCGGGGCCGCAGGCCGUCAUGGUGACAGAGUGCCAGGAGCCCUCGGCUCAGCCUGUGAUCGAGGGCUGGUCUGUGGAGGGGAAGAACACGCUGCAUGUCAGCUGGAGGGUGCCCAGCAUCCAUGAGCCGGCCCACGGGUUCAUCGUGCGCCUCCUUGACGCCGCCGGGGCGCUGGUUCAAGAGACCAACAUCAGCUCCAUGUCUGUGCACUCGGCCCGCAUCCCCAGCCUGGAGUUCAACCGGGAGUAUGGCCUGCAGGUCUUUGUCUACCACUGCACUGGCCUGGGCCCCCCCUCCGACCUGCGCAGCGUCACCAUCAACAGCAAAGGCCCUUCCUCCCCGCGGUUGCUGCGUGCUGAGCCUGUGACUGACAGCAUGGUGCGGCUCAGCUGGCACAGCCCCGAGUACCCCAAUGGGGGCAUCAGCAAAUACACGGUGGAGCUGCAGCAGCUGGGUGGCUCCAGUGAGCCCCAGUGGGUCGACACAGACAGCGGUGCCGAGACCUCCAAGGUCCUUGGUGGGCUCAAUGCCAGCACUGGCUACCAGUUCCGGGUCCGCGCCAACUCCCACGUGCCAGGCGAGUGGAGCCAGCCGGUGCGCGUGGAGAACCUGGGAGACGGUGACCUGAGCCCAGUGCCCAGCUUGGAGAGCCAGGGCAUGCAGCCCUCGGGCAUUGACCAGCAGCUGCUCCUGGCCAUCGUGGGCUCUGUGUCUGUCACCUGCAUCACCAUCCUCCUCGGCCUCCUCUCCCUCUUCCUCAUCAAGAACUUCUUCCACCGCCGCCGCACCUUCACCUACCAGUCGGGCUCAGGGGAAGAGACCAUCCUGCAGUUCAACUCGGGCACGCUGACGCUGACGCGGCGGCCGAAGCCACAGCCCGAGCCCCUGAGCUACCCCAUCCUGGAGUGGGAGGACAUCACCUUCGAGGACAUGAUCGGGGAGGGCAACUUCGGGCAGGUCAUCCGCGCCAUGAUCAAGAAGGAUGGGCUGAAGAUGAACGCUGCCAUCAAGAUGCUGAAAGAGUUUGCGUCGGAGAACGACCACCGGGACUUCGCAGGGGAGCUGGAGGUGCUGUGCAAGCUGGGGCACCACCCCAACAUCAUCAACCUGCUGGGUGCCUGCGAGAACAGAGGCUACCUGUACAUCGCCAUUGAGUACGCCCCGUAUGGGAACCUGCUGGACUUCCUGCGGAAGAGCCGCGUGCUGGAGACUGACCCGGCCUUUGCCAAGGAGCAUGGCACAGCCUCCACGCUCACCUCCCAGCAGCUUCUGCAGUUCGCCUCCGACGUGGCCAAGGGGAUGCAGUACCUGAGCGAGAAGCAGUUCAUUCACAGGGACCUGGCGGCCAGGAACGUCCUGGUGGGAGAGAACCUGGCCUCCAAGAUUGCGGACUUCGGCCUGUCCCGAGGGGAGGAGGUCUAUGUGAAGAAGACAAUGGGCCGCCUGCCCGUCCGCUGGAUGGCCAUCGAGUCCCUGAACUACAGCGUCUACACCACCAAGAGUGAUGUGUGGUCCUUCGGGGUCCUGCUGUGGGAGAUCGUCAGCCUGGGGGGGACGCCGUACUGUGGGAUGACGUGCGCUGAGCUCUACGAGAAGCUGCCACAGGGAUACCGCAUGGAGAAGCCACGCAACUGUGACGACGAGGUGUAUGAGCUGAUGCGGCAGUGCUGGAGAGACCGUCCCUACGAGCGCCCGCCCUUCGCCCAGAUCUCGCUGCAGCUCAUCCGCAUGCUGGAGGCCAGGAAGGCUUAUGUGAACAUGUCCUUGUUUGAGAACUUCACGUAUGCGGGGAUCGACGCCACAGCGGAGGAGGCCUGAGCCGCGCCGCACCUGCCCAGCCCUCCUGGAAGUGCCACACACCGGCUGGCACGGGACACAGGGCUCAGGGCACGACAGCCUGGCCCCGCAGGGACACAGGAAACUGGCCUGUUCCGGCGCCACUGCCUGCACACACCUCCUGGCUAGCAGCACCGGCGCAGCAGGGCUGCACCUCGGCCCCCUGGCCACAGCACCCAGCAGGACUUGCACCACUGCCCAUGGCGCAUCUGCUCCCCAGCUGCUGCAGGUCGGAGCGGGGGCCAGCCAAAGAGCUCCCAGGUAGCCAGUGGGCAGUGCUGCCUGUCUCCUGCCCUGCCCCAUGGGACUUUGCCAUAGCCCGGUGGGGCAGAGAACUGUGGGCUCCGAGAGCCCCUGUCCUUGGAGCCAGCAGACACUGCUUCCCCCUCCGAAGCCUGGGAAGGGCAUCCUGGUGCCCCGUGAGGCAGAGACACAAGCUCGGGAAGAGCAGAGCCCCGGGCCCGGCAUUUUCUCUGUGACUGCUCACCCCGGCCAGUUUGCAGACUGACCCUGUGGGCCUGGACUCACUGCUGGGCAUCAGGGACGGAGACGGGCAUGAUCUUCUGCAGGGCUUGGUGCUCAUGUGCUCCCCUGGUGCGUGGGCAGGGAGCAGGACUGCCUCGGCACAGCCACGUGCUGCCCCACCACCGGUGAGCCCGGCUGUCGCAGCAUCUGCUUCAUGUCCAAUAAACACAAUGCAUGGGA